GUUGAGAAUGAUGAAGCUAAGCUAAGGUGUAGGGGAAUGAGCCAAAAGAUGAUGAUGAGUAUUACAAGUGUUGGGAGUGGUGGGAGAUUGUCAAUGGAGGAGAACGAGGAGGAGGAGAUCACCAGAAUGGCCAUAACUUCAUUCCAAGCUAGAGAAGAAGAGAUUGAGAAGAGGAAAAUGGAGGUGAAGAUUAAAGUGGAAUCUCAACUCAACCGAGCAGAACAACAAACCAAACACCUCGCACAUAUUUGGGAAGAACUAGAGGUGUUAACUGACCCUAUGCGGAAGGAAGUUGGCAUGGUUAGAAAGAAGAUAGAUACGGUAAAUCGUGAACUCAAAUCACUCACUCAAGCCUGCCAAAAGAAGGAAAAGGAAUACAAAGAAGCAUUGGAGGCCUUCCAAGAAAAGAACAAUGAAAAAACUCAACUCACCUCCACAUUAAUAGAGUUGGUUAAUGAAAGCGAAAAAUUCAGACUGGGAAAACUGGAAGAGCUGAGCAAGAUAGUAGAUCCCACUCAUCGCUAAUACAUACACAUACGUAUACGUAUGUAUUUCAAGACACUUGCGUAUAAAAUACUCCUGGCUUUUAAUAAACUUUUGCUUUGGUUGAUUUGGUAUUCGAUAUCUUUAGUUUAUAAAUUUAAGUUUAAUUUCAUGUGCUUGAAUUUCACUUCAUAUCUU